AUGCCGCUCUGCGCCGCUUGCUGCGUCACCAAGGGCUUCAACAAGUUUCACGGCGGACAGCGCCAUCUGCCGCGCCCGGUGUGCAAGGAAUGCUUUCGCACCGGAAGGGAGCCUGUGGAUCUUGGUGGCGAGCCCGAGGCGCUGCCUAUUCGGACUCCGGGAGACAAGAAGACUGCAUCGCUGGCGGAUUUCCAGCUGCUGAGUGUCAUCGGACAGGGAGCUUUUGGGAAGGUGCUUCUCGUGCGACACUCUACCACCGGAAAAGUGCACGCAAUGAAGAUUAUCAGUAAGCAGUUUGUCAUUGACAUGGACAGCGUGCACUACAUGAAAACCGAACGCGAUAUCCGCCACCCUUUCGUGAUCGGGCUGAAUUACGCUUUCCAAACCGAAUCCAAGGUUUAUCUCGUCAUGGAAUACCAGUCUGGAGGGGAACUGUUUUCGUAUUUGAAAGAGGAAGGCACAUUCACCGAGGACGUGGUGCGCUUUUACCUGGCUGAAAUGAUUCUAGCGUUGGAGCACCUUCAUGCGCACGGCAUAAUACAUCGCGACUUGAAGCCAGAAAACGUUCUGAUUUCAGCCGAAGGCCACAUCAAGCUGACUGACUUCGGCUUGGCGAAGGAAUACGUUGAAGGGCAGGAACUCCUGACAGUAUGCGGAACGAAAGAGUACAUGGCCCCGGAGAUGCUACUUGGCAAAGGAUACGACUCGGCUGUGGACUGGUGGUCUCUUGGUGCCCUCGCGUACGAGAUGCUGACCGGAAACCCACCGUUUAGAUCGAAAAAUCCCGCAGACCUGCACAAGAAAAUCCUGUCGGCUAAGGUGCAGCUACCGCGGUGGCUUUCAGGCGAAGCCCAUUCGCUUAUCAAGUCGCUUUUGGAGCGUAAUGUGAGCAAAAGACUUGGCGGUGGCAAGUCGUCUAUGUUUGUGGUGAAAGGAGUGCAGGCGAUCAAGCGCCAUGCAUUUUUCAAGAAAGUGGACUGGGAGAAAAUGGAGACUCUUCGCGUCCCUCCUCCUAAAGUCCCCAGUGUAGCGGACGACGUGGACACAAGCAAUUUUGACGAGAAGUUUACUUCCAUGCCGGCUUCGGACCUUAUGUGCGACGCUGUGAUUGAGGAGCACAACAACCUCUUCCGAGGAUUUUCAUUUUGUCGUCGAGACAGCCUUCAGGAGAUCAUCUCAAACCCGCAGUCUCCGAUCAACACGACGCUACUGCCAACUAUCGCAAGUCUAGUUAUUGAUGGAGAUGAUAUCAAGGACAUCAACGACGCUAUCGCGACAGCAGCCAGCAAGCAGCCGACCAUUUUGCCCUGA